AUGCACGAAUACCUCCUCUACGCCCAGGUGCCCGUCGUGAGGGGUCGCCAGGUCCUGAACAUCCUCGCUGGCGUCACCGCGUCGCAGCCCGUGCCGAUUCGCGAGGAGCAUGUCGUCUUGGCCGAGCUCAAGCCAGAACCGGCAGUGGUGAAGAAGACCAAACAGCAGCAAGAGAAGCAGAUCCCCUCAUAUCGCCGCCUCGUCCGCAAUGUCGCAACCAACCCCGACGGCUCCCUCAACCCCAUCCCCUGGCGCCUCCGCGCCGAGCAGACGCCUGACCCAGGCAUGCCCAACUUCAUCUCACGACAAGUCACCCAGCGCGACGUCGACUCCGCAGAACUCGAGAAAUCGCAGGAAUUGUAUCGCUUCAAGUCGAACUACACCCUCCUCGGCCACCGCUUCGUCUACGGCAACGUCAUCGUCCGCAUCGUGCGGAUUCACAUUCCUGUCGACAACACCAAAGAAAUCGAUAUCUUCUCCUCGGAUGACCAGGAUCUGAGACUCCUCGACCCGAGCGGCAACUGGCUCGUCGAGGCGAUCACUCGAGUCGAAGACCCCUCGAAUUCCGAACUCACCGACAAGGCCAAAAAGGACUUGCUCGCCUUUCAGACGCUCGUGGAAGGCGCCGUUGACAUCUACACACCCGAUCGGUUUGCCCUCGACACGCGCAUCAGGAACGUCUAG